GUAAGCACGGCUUUCACAGGAAAACUUCAAGACUCGAUCGUAUCCAUUUUCAGAUCCUCACUGAGGCAGUCGAAAAAACUGAAAGCCCUGUCAACGACGAUAGAGAAACCCGUGAGCAUUGACAUGCCCGAGGUUAGCCCGAGCGAUGGAAAGCUCGAGACGCGAAACAUUAAUGGUUACGAAAAUCAGUGUUAUGAGCAAGGAGAAUUUGUUUACGGAAAGAUCGAGAACAACAACAACCAGGCAAUUCCACUGAAACAAGUAAUCGUUUCUGUCGACCGAAUUACGGAUCACUUGUCGCGAUUGGAAGGCAAGGAAGAAGAAUCAAAGAUCCUUCACGAAUUCUUCCAUUCUGAGCCCGUUCAAGCAGCCAUUGAGGCAAUCGCUGUACAUCGAACAUCGGAGAAGACGAAAAACGACGGGUCGUCAAUUAUAGCCAACGGGACGACUACGCACAACACCACCACUUCAACAGAGCCAAACAUCCACGUUGUCAGUCUCUUCAAACGUGAAGAUGGUUACCUGGGUGCCACAGUCCGAAACCAGGACGAUCGCAUUGUUAUUGGACGGGUUGUAAAAGGAGGAGUUGUUGAAAAAACGGGUUUACUCAAAGAGGGUGAUGAGCUCUUGGAAAUGAACGGAAUAGAUCUCCGAGGCAAGAACGUCACAGAAGUUUGCGAAUUAUUGCGGACGAUCUCUGGCGAGGUCCGUUUUGUGGUGUCUUCUUCGGUCUCUCAGGAAAAGACAACAUCAUCAUCCUCUAAAGUUACACAUAUGCGAGCUUUAUUCGACUAUGAUCCUGAGGACGACAUUUACGUCCCAUGUAAAGAAUUGGCAUUGAAAUUCCAACGUGGUGACAUUCUGCAUGUGCUUAGUACGGAUGACGAAAAUUGGUGGCAAGCUUAUCGUGAAGGGGAUGAUACGACACAGUCGCUUGCUGGACUUAUCCCGAGUUCGAGCUUUCACCAACAGUCAGUUUUGUGUCCACCUAAUACUACGUUCUGUAUUGCAGACCUACUAACUUACGAGGAGGUUGUUCUGCAUCUGGCACGAACCGACCGAAAGCGACCGCUUGUGCUGUGUGGUCCUGAGGGCGUAGGAUGUCUGGAAUUACGACAACAACUGCUCGAAAGUGACCGAGAUCGUCUUGCUGGACCAGUGCCAUACACAACUCGUCCUCAACGAGACGGCGAGAUCGACGGCAUCCAUUACCAUUUUAUUACAAAACAGCGUUUCCUAGAGGACUCCAAGGCUGGAAAAUUUGUUGAAUACGGGGAGUAUGAGAAAAAUCUCUACGGAACGGCAGCAGUGGAUAUUGUGAACGUCAUAAAGAGGUCGAAAACUUGCGUGCUCACGCUUAAAGCUGAGUCGUUGAUCGCUGUUCGGACACCUGAAAUAAUGCCGUUCAUUCUCUUCGUCGCUCCUCCUUCACUGCAGACGUUGCGCAGGCAGAAGGAAUGUGCAGGACAAUUCAACGUCAAGGAUGAAGAACUGAAGAGUAUUUUGAGUCAAGGGAAGAGCAUCGAGCAGAAAUUCGGGCAUCUUUUCGACUGCAUCAUCGUGAACACGGAUUUCAACAGAUCUUUGGAAGAGAUGAAAUCCAUUCUGAAACGUCUGGAGACCGAACCGCAGUGGGUGCCGAUUGAGUGGACUACAUGA